AUGACGCCCUCACAGAAAGCUCGCUAUGGAUGUGAAGCGGUUCGUAACGCUAAAUGGAGACUGGCAGUUCCUCCAGUUCCCUUAUUGAAGCGUCCUGGUGGCGCUGCCCAGCCGUGGCCCAUCCACACCCACCCUGCAGGACACGUCCACCGGUCCCACUUCCCUCCUCCUCUUCCUCCUCACCUUCCUCUCUUCCACACCCGCCACGCAGAGGAGAGCGCCGAGCGGCCCCAUCUGGUCACCAUCGUCCGCCCGUGUGGUCAAAGCACGAUACGGAAGGUGACAGUGCUGUUGAACCGCAGGGGCGUGGUGUCCUUCGAGCAGCUGCUACUGGAUAUCUCGGAGGCGUUGGGGUUUCCUCGAUGGCACAGAGCCAGAGUUACACGCCUUUACACGACACAUGCACGAGAGGUUAAAGGUGUGUGUGAUUUCUUCCGAGGCGAGGUGGCCUUCCUGGCUCUCGGUAAGGCUCGUCCUGAGCUGAGCGGCGUGCAGGACGCUCUGGAGGAACUGUUUCCUGAGCAUUCGCAUUACCGAGCCGAAGCACUGCGGGCCUGGGAGAAGAAGCUCCGGCUGACACCAGAUAAAGCUGCCAAGGCUGACAGUGGAUACAGCGAGGGGACAGACAGCAGCGGGACUAACCAGGAGACGCACCGAGACACAAACACACAUGUCAAGAAUCACACCAAUGCUCACACGUCUCAACAUACAGACACACACCACACCCAAAACUGUCAUUUAGACUCUCAGAAGCCUCAUAAAAAGAAUUCAUGCAGAAAACCUGCUCUCCUUCCCAACCACCUGCAGAGACUGCAUGUCAGAGGCGGAGUCAGGGAGAGACAACCUUCAAUUAUUGGCCCAUUCAAACAUGAGGAGGGUCUCAGAGAAGCAGACAUCCCAUCUCCUACACUGUGUGACAAGUGCUUAGCGAGAAGAGGUAAACAUCAGGGUCCAGAACUGAUCAGUUCACUAUCAGGGAGGGUCCCACUGCCUCCUGUGUCAAGGAAGCAGAGAGGAAGUUCUCAUAUAGAGCAGGAAGUGAAAAAUCUGGAUCAUUUCAACGACCCUCCAGCUGCUCGGCCAAUCAGCAGAGAUGAGGAGAAGAGCCUCGUACAAGUUUCAAAUGCAGCUCUGGAUGAAAACAAACAGACCAAGGCGACCUUUGACCUCCCCUCAGACGGCAGCGACGUCACACUGGAGGACAUUGAGCGCUGCUACGACAUCGGACGCGUGGUCGGAGAUGGGAACUUUGCGGUGGUGCGAGAGUGCCGCCGUCGUGACAACAGCCAAAACCUCGCCUUGAAGAUCGUGGAGCGCUCCAAGCUGAUCGGUCGAGAGCACAUGAUGCAGAAUGAGCUGAGCCUGCUGGGUAGCCUGUGUCACCCCCGGAUAGUGCGGCUGUUCGCCCACCACCACACGCACACCCACUCCUACCUGGUGAUGGAGCUGGUGAGCGGAGGGGAUCUGUUCGAGGCCAUCAGCGACAGGGGCAAGUUCCCAGAGGCGGAGGCAGGACUGAUGGUGUCGGACGUGAGCGAGGCCCUGAAUUAUAUCCACUGCAAGAGCAUCGUGCACAGAGACCUCAAACCAGAGAACCUGCUGAUAGAGCAAGUGGCUGCAGGCAUCUGUAGGCUGAAACUGGGAGACUUUGGUCUGGCCAUGGUAGUGACUGAACCAGUCUUUACCAUAUGUGGCACACCCACGUAUGUAGCCCCCGAGAUCCUCUGUGAGACAGGUUAUGGUGUAGCAGUGGAUAUAUGGGCUCUGGGAGUGAUUCUCUACAUCCUGCUGUGUGGCUUCCCCCCAUUUCGCAGUCAGGAUCGGGACCAGGAGGAGCUGUUCCAGCUAAUAAAGCAAGCGCAACUUCAUUUCCCGUCCCCCUACUGGGACCCCAUCUCAGAGGAAGCUAGAGGCCUUGUCAGAGCUCUGCUUCAGUCGGACCCCACAGUGAGGCUGACGGCAGAGCAGACCCUCCUGCAUCCCUGGGUGAAAGCUAUGGCUUCGAUGUGCAGGCAGAGGGCGCUCACAGACAAAACUCAGAGGAACACCACAGCAGAACCAGAGAGAGUCCAGACAGCAACUCAAACAAACACAGCCGAACCACUGAGAGACAAGGGAGGAAUCACACCGAAAGAGCUCAUCAGACACGAUGAGAUGAACACAGGAAGAGGGCAAGAUGAGAACAAACCGCCGCAGCCACAAUCAAAGGAGACGAGCGCAGUCCACAUCAUGUCUCCAUCAUUUAAAGAGGCCACACCUGGGUCCCCUUUGCAAGAAACACAGGAUCCAGAUCCAAACACAAACUGCAUUGAUCUCAAUCAUCUCAGCUCCCCAGCAGCCCAAACUGAGCCUCCAUCGAUUAGGACACAUUCAAAACAAACCAGCCAACAUCCGUCACCUCCAGAUUCACCAUCUCCAACCAACACAUCUCAGCAAACCACAGCGCGUCAACACAACCCAUCCUCCGACCCGGCGGCAGUUUCUCCUACUCAGUCUCCUCAUCAACACAACUUAGUUUCUCCACCCAACCACCCAAGCAAAAACCAUAAGGAGCAGAGCGGUCACACCACCAUCAGCCAUCCACCCACACAGUCCUGA